AUGCUCCCUACAUCCCGCGACUACGGAACCGAGCAAGAUAAAGUAAACUGCUCAUUCUACUUCAAAAUUGGUGCAUGUCGACAUGGCGAUCGAUGCUCUCGACGCCACAUCCGACCUGAGCGCUCUCAUACAAUUCUCCUAUCAAAUGUAUAUCAAAAUCCUAAAUACCUCGAUCCAGACUGUCGUGCAUCUGAUGCAGAGCUACAGCAGCAAUUUGAUGCGUUUUUUUCCGACUUUUUCAAAGGGCUCAGUGAUUAUGGCACCCUAAUUGAGAUGCACGUUUGCGAUAAUGUGGGAGAUCAUCUAAUUGGCAAUGUGUAUGCGCGUUAUGAAACCGAGGACGACGCACAACGUGCAGUCGACGGGCUCAAUACACGCUGGUAUCAUCAACGUCCCUUGUUCGCUGAGCUUUCGCCAGUAAGUGACUUUCGUGAAGCGUGCUGUCGUCAAAAUGAGACGAAUGAAUGUAACCGCGGUGGUCAAUGCAAUUUUAUGCAUCUUCGAUACGCAUCACCUGAGCUGGUGCGUGAGCUAUACCAGCAACUUGCUGUAGAAAAUCGUGAACGUCGCCGUGAAGCACACGCAAAGCAUGAUUUUCUGCGGCUCGGUUGGAAGGAGCGUCUUGCAAGAGAGCGGGCGGAAGCAGCCGAGAUGUAUGGAAAUGAUUUGCCAUCAGCUAACGCACAUGAUUGGCGCAAAGGCUCGAGCGGCGGUGACUGGCGCGCGGAGCCACAAAUCAGCGAUGCUGCAAAUUCAGCUUCGAGUGUGCACUCAUAG